AGGGCAUAUUUUUGUAUUUUGAGUGCAUGACAUUCCGAGCCCUACAUAUAACAAUUAUUAUUUUUUAAACAGGCAUAUAGUUAAAGGAAACUUAUUCGCACCAGUUGUUGACGCAUUCAUUAGAAACAAUGGCAGAUAUAAUUUACUCGAAUCGGCUAUAUUGGAACUUUUUGAGUUCGUGAAACUUGAAGACAUCAAAACACUUUGCGUCUACUUCGUGGAGAAUUUCAGCAAAAUAUUUGAUGAAAUCGAAUAUGUGCAAACAUUUAAAUAUCUCAAAAAUCGGUACGACCAGUAUCAAGACCGAAUAAAGGAUCGCGACAAGAUGUCGCUGGAUACCGGCAUACCAAUUAUACGUAGUCGCUUCCGCCGAGAUCCGCGACAAAUGGACGACGAAGAGGAAAUGUGGUUUAAUGAGGAGGAAGAUUUCGCCGACGAAUAUGAUACCUACAACAGCGUUAUGAAAUCCGUUACCGAAAAGAAUGGCCCUUCACAAUCUCCGUCGCAGCAGCAAUCAUCGAUUCAACAAAAGUCGCCACCUCAAGGCGGUCUGCUCGGCAGCAGUAGCAGCGUGAAUAGUUUAAGCUCCACAACGACCACUUCAACGACAUUGACACCGGCUGUGGGAGUUAGUGGCAUCGGUGGGGUCUCAUCCAUCAGCGGUGUGAGUCUCAGUGAUGUGGUUUCAAAUGCGUCCAAUAGCGGUAGUAGCAUUGACCAUUCACAGUCUGCCGCUGCUGCUACACAGGCGCAUCUAGGCGCAGCUGCUGUGGCCGCCAAUAUAGCGCUCCACCACCAACAGCAAACGGCACUACACAAUUUCCAGCAACAGCAACAACAGCUAAAUCUAAAUAGCACAUUGGUCGCAGCAGCAGCGGCUGCUGCGGCUGGUGUAGCUAGCACAUCGGCAGCUAGUGCCGCGCAUUUAGAAGCGCAGAACCAACAUCAUCACCAGCAUCAGCAUGCAGAGCGUUCGCACGAAGAUCCCGAUAUUGUAGAACUGCGACAGCAUUUGGUUUCCAUUGUACCACAACAUCAAGAAUUAGCAUUGGCCGGUGCCGCCACUUCAUCAUCAACUGCCGUCACAGCAUCACCAUCGUCAGCGGUUACAGCUCUGCAAUCGCAAUCGUUGUCAUCAGCAUCGAUAGCGGCGCCAUCCACAUCGACCGCUUUGUCAGAGUCGGCGGCUGCCGCUGCAGCAGCUGCUUCACAGCUACUAACAUCGAUUGCAUCGAGUGAUGCCGUCGCUGCGGUGGCAGCCGCUGCAGCGGCAGCUGUGGCGGCCACGGUAACUGGUGUGACACCUAAUAUGGCUGGUGCUGGUGGUGGAGGAGUAGUAACUGCGGCGAAUUUGGCAGCAGCCGCCAAUGCCGCGGACACUUUGGCGCUAAAUGUUGUGAAGCACAACGAUAGCGUCGAUAAUAUGGGCAGCGGCAACGGCAAAGAAGGAGCUAUUUCGACCGUCGUCACUGGGGAGAGUAUUUUGAAAAAGGGUCUUGUCGACUAUGAAAGUGACUCUGGUGAUGAGGACGACUACGAAGAAGAAGAAGAGGAAGAGUCGCCGCAUCAGAAGAAGCCACGUAUGGCAUAGCAAAAUUACGCUACUAAUGCAGCAGCCGCAGCCGCGGCGGCAGCAGCAGCAGCGGCCGCAGCGGCUGCAGAAUCAAUUAUUAAAACAUUCGCAACAAUGUCUUCAACACAUUACAACAACAAUUUGUAAAAGAAAUAGCCAUAAAAUAAACUUGCAGUAGCCAGUGUCGUGCCGUGCAGACUCGUACACACCAGCAGCUGCAACAACAACAAAAACAAUUACAACCAUAGGUGUAACAGAAAUACAAUAAACAUGAUCAAAUAAUUAUCGAUAACAACAAACUGCAGUCUGCCAUUGUAACAAAAAA